AUGAUGAUGGAAGAUCUGAAGGUUGCUGCAUACUUGAGCCACCGGAUCAGGGCUCUGUGAGGGACUAAGGGAUCUGUGAACCAGGGCUCCACUCGGAGUAAGAAGCAUACCCCACAGCUGGAGAGUCUGGGUCCUGAGAGCCUUCGCCAGGUCUUUCAGAGCUUCCACUACCAUGAAGCAGCUGGCUCCCUCGAGACUGUCAACCAGCUGCAGGAAUUAUGUCAUAGAUGGCUGAAGCCAGAGAUCCACUCAAAAGAGCAGAUCUUGGAACUGCUGGUACUGGAGCUGUUCUUGGCCAUUCUACCAAAGGAGAUCCAGACCCAGAUGCGGAAUCAUCAUCCACAGAGCAUCGAGGAGGCUGUGGCCCUGGUAGAACAUUUGGGGAGAAAGUCUGGUCAAGUAAGGAAUGAGAUUGCAGUGCAUGAGCUGGGAACAGAGGCAGUGCUUUCAGGAGGACCAGCAGAGGCCCCCGAGUUCAAGAGGCAACCAGCAGAGCCCCAACCAAUGGCUGUGCACCAGGAAGAAGAAAUUUUGAAUAUGUACGGCAUAUGUCAAGAACAGCUGGGACUGAAUCCUCACCAAGAAACAGAACCUGUACAAGAAAGAGCAGGACCUUCUCAACCGAUCCUAGCGCUUUCUGAACAGACAAGCACUAAUCAGUGGAAGAUGGCAACUCAGCCCAUCUUGCCUGAGUCCCAGAAAUUGCUGACAUUUGAAGAUGUGGCCAUGUAUUUUACCUGGGAAGAAUGGAAGUUAUUGAACCCUACUCAGAAGGCUCUCUACAAUGAUGUCAUGCAGGAAGUCUAUGGGACAGUCACCUCUCUAGGAUUAAAGCUCAAAAAUGACAAUGGGAAUAAUAUGCCUGCAUUAGAAUUACAAGCACCAAAUGGUAAAGUAGCACACAUGCAGGCCAGAGUUAAAGUUCCCCAAAAAAGAAUUGGGAAACACCAUCAAGAUUUACCAAGGAACAAAAGAAAGAAAUAGUCAGUUUGUAAACGAGAGCUACUGAAUUUUACGGCCACUCACAGGAACAGCCAUGGCCACUCAGGAGGGAAACGUUUUAGAUGCAAGGAAUGUGGGAAAAACUUCAAAGUUAAGUCUUCCCUUAUUAAGCACCGGGUAAUUCACACUAAAGAAAAACCCCACACAUGUCAGCAGUGUGAUAGGAGGUUUAGUUGGAGUUCAGAUCUUAAUACGCACUUAAUGAUACACCAAGGAAUAAAACCAUAUAGAUGUUCCUGGUGUGGGAAAAGAUUCACUCGCAGCACACACCUUUAUGUACAUCAUAGAAUUCACACAGGAGAGAAGCCCUUUAAAUGUCAGGAAUGUGGGAAAAGUUUCUGCCAGAAAGUUCACCUUGUUAAACACCAGAGAACAGGUGAGCAGCCUUAUAGUUGUAGCACAUGCGGGAGAAACUUUGGCAGGCGCUCAAGCCUCCUGAGACACAAGAAAGUCCACAGUGGAACAGGAGCUUGUCCAGUGCCCCCAGUCUAA